AUCAUCACAGGUCCAAAGCGCUUCCGAUUCUCUCUUCUCCCCUCCGCCCGCCUCCGGUUGUCUUCUCCAAUUCCCCAACGCAGCCAGCAGCGCAAGGUCCAGAAGCCCAGGACCAGACGACGGACCUCCGCGCCCCAUCGAUCCGCGCGGCCCUCCCCCAACGCGCGUGCGUCCGCAACUAGCGUCUGCCGCCGGUCGCUUUCUUCCGCACCCCCCGACGCGGCAAGGAGCCCCCCCGCCAUGAGGGUCCACCCGGCCCCGCGGAAGCGCACCAUCGCCGUGCAACGCUGCGCCUCCGCGGCGGCGGGCGCGCUCGGCGGGAAGAAGCUGCGCCGCCUGCCGCACAUAUUCGACAAGGUGCUGGAGCUCCCGUUCGCGGCCGACGCGGACGUGUCCGUCGAGGAGGACGCGGCGGCGCUGCGGUUCGUCGCCGCCGCCGACGAGUUCUCCCUCGCGGGCGCCCGCGCGCACGCCGUCGAGAUCCACCCAGGGGUCACCAAGGUCGUCGUCCGCGGCCUCUCCUCCUCCUCCCUCGGCGGCGAUGGCGACGACGACGACGACGGGGCCGCCGCCGCCGCCUUCGAGCUCGACCGCUGGCGCUUCCGCCUCCCGCCCUGCACGCGCCCCGCCAUGGCCACCGCCACCUACGCCGCGGGCGAGCUCGUUGUCACCGUCCCCAAGGGCGCCGGCCCCGGCGACGGCGGCGCGGCCGCUGUCCUCGGUGGCACGGAGCGCGUCCUUGUGCUUGUAUAGUAUAGUAAAUCUAGCUUUUCCCUAAAUUAUAUAUCAUCUGGUUUGUGCA